AUGGCGCCCGGUGUUAUAGAGGAUCAGGUAAUGGGCGCCCGGUGUUAUAGAGGAUCAGGUAAUGGCCGCCCGGUGUUAUAGAGGAUCAGGUAAUGGGCGCCCGAUGUUAUAUAGGAUCAGGUAAUGGGCGCCCUGUGUUAUAUAGGAUCAGGUAAUGGCCGCCCGGCGUUAUAAAGGAUCAGGUAAUGGGCGCCCGGUGUUAUAUAGGAUCAGGUAAUGGCCGCCCGGUGUUAUAGAGGAUCAGGUAAUGACCGCCCUGUGUUAUAUAGGAUCAGGUAAUGGCCGCCUGGUGUUAUAUAGGAUCAGGUAAUGGCUGCCCGGUGUUAUAUAGGAUCAGGUAAUGGCUGCCCGGUGUUAUAUAGGAUCAGGUAAUGGCCGCCCGGUGUUAUAUAGGAUCAGGUAAUGGCUGCCCGGUGUUAUAUAGGAUCAGGUAAUGGCCGCCCGGUGUUAUAGAGGAUCAGGUAAUGGCCGCCCGGUGUUAUAUAGGAUCAGGUAAUGGCCGCCUGGUGUUAUAUAGGAUCAGGUAAUGGCCGCCCGGUGUUAUAUAGGAUCAGGUAAUGGCUGCCCGGUGUUAUAUAGGAUCAGGUAAUGGCCGCCCGAUUAUUUAUAGAAGGGAUCAGGUAUUAGCCGCCCGGUGUUAUAGAGGAUCAGGUAAUGGGGUGUUGUAGGAUGCGGUGUAGGGCGCCGGUGCGGGGUCGGUGUCAGGCGCGACGGAUCGGUGGCGCGGUGAUGCCGGGGAUAAGGUAUUACGAGCGGGUGCAGAGGUCGGUAAUGGCGCUUGAUUAUUUAUAAAGGAUCAGAGUGGCAGGCUGUUCGUAUGGGAUCUCCGAGCGGGUGCCGCAGUUCGGUGUGGCGCCGGUAUAUGAAGGAGGAUCGGUGGCCAGCUGGGCACCAUGGGAUCAUUGAAAGCGGCUGCAGACAAAUUUGCCGCGGUUCGAAUGUGGCGGGUGCUGCAGGUCAGGUAAUGGCCGCCCGGUGUUAUAUAGGAUCAGGUAAUGGCUGCCCGGUGUUAUAUAGGAUCAGGUAAUGGCCUCCCGGUGUUAUAGAGGAUCAGGUAAUGGCCGCCUGGUGUUAUAUAGGAUCAGGUAAUGGCUGCCCGGUGUUAUAUAGCAGGGGUUCCCAACCCAGUUCUUAAGUACCCCAUAACAGUUCAGGAUUUAGGGAUUACCCAGUUGUGUCUUUGUUUAAAGAAAAAAACACUUUAGACACAACAGGGUAAUCCCUAAAUCCUGGACUGCUAUACAGGAUCAGGUAAUGGCUGGCUGUUAUUGGAAGGUAAUGACAGCUGACUCCCCCGCAGCUCCCUAGGGCAGUAUGAUGAGGAUUAAUAUGAGGUAAGGCUAGGGUUGUCCAGUGUGUUCAGAUUCCGUCGAUGGGUUCCCAGGGUUAUCUGAUAGUUGUCCUUUCUGUUUUGCUAAGCAAAUCGUAACCCAGACGGCAACAAUCCUGGGUAAUCGCAAUAACAGUGCCAGUGUCUGUACUGCUCACACUGCGGAACUCAUCGCAUGCAGACAGCUGGCCUUGUGUUUGGUGAUGUAUCGCUCCACCAGGGUGACAUGCACUGUGUUAUACCCGGCUGGUAACUGCCAUGUUAUCUGUGUUCCCGGAGUGCACUGAUUGUUCCACCAUUUAUCAGCAUUUCCCAGGGUAAUGUUAUGGUUGUCCCAUGUACUGUGCUGUGCUUUGCCAGAGUGUUGUCCCUGUAUUGUGUUUCCCAGGGUAAUGUUAUGGCUGUCCCUGUAGUGUGUUUCCCAGGGUAAUGUUAUGGUUGUCCCCUGUAGUGUGUUUCCCAGGGUAAUGUUAUGGUUGUCCCCUGUAGUGUGUUUCCCAGGGUUAUAUUAUGGUUGUCCCCUGUAUUGUGUUUCCCAGGGUAAUGUUAUGGUUGUCCCCUGUAUUGUGUUUCCCAGGGUAAUGUUAUGGUUGUCCCCUGUAUUGUGUUUCCCAGGGUAAUGUUAUGGUUGUCCCCUGUAGUGUGUUUCCCAGGGUAAUGUUAUGGUUGUCCCCUGUAGUGUGUUUCCCUGGGUAAUGUUAUGGCUGUCCCUGUAUUGUGUUUCCCAGGGUAAUGUUAUGGCUGUCCCUGUAUUGUGUUUCACAGGGUAAUGUUAUGGUUGUCCCCUGUAUUGUGUUUCCCAGGGUAAUGUUAUGGUUGUCCCCUGUAUUGUGUUUCCCUGGGUAAUGUUAUGGCUGUCCCUGUAUUGUGUUUCCCAGGGUAAUGGUAUGGUUGUCCCCUGUAGUGUGUUUCCCAGGGUAAUGUUAUGGUUGUCCCCUGUAUUGUGUUUCCCAGGGUAAUGUUAUGGUUGUUCCCUGUAUUGUGUUUCCCAGGGUAAUGUUAUGGUUGUCCCCUAUAGUGUGUUUCCCAGGGUAAUGUUAUGGUUGUCCCUGUAUUGGGUUUCCCUGGGUAAUGUUAUGGUUGUCCCCUGUAUUGUAUUUCCCAGGGUAAUUUUAUGGUUGUCCCCUGUAUUGUGUUUCCCAGGAUAAUGUUAUGGUUGUCCCCUAUAGUGUGUUUCCCAGGGUAAUGUUAUGGUUGUCCCCUGUAUUGUGUUUCCCAGGGUAAUAUUAUGGUUGUCCCCUGUAGUGUGUUUCCCAGGGUAAUGUUAUGGUUGUCCCCUGUAGUGUGUUUCCCAGGGUAAUGUUAUGGUUGUCCCUGUAUUGGGUUUCCCGGGGUAGUUUUGUGGUUGCCCCUGUAGUGUGGUCUGUUCUCCCCGGGUAAGGUUAUGGUUGUCCCCUGUAUUGUGUUUCCCAGGGUAAUAUUAUGGUUGUCCCCUGUAGUGUGUUUCCCAGGGUAAUGUUAUGGUUGUCCCCUGUAGUGUGUUUCCCAGGGUAAUGUUAUGGUUGUCCCCUGUAGUGUGUUUCCCAGGGUAAUGUUAUGGUUGUCCCUGUAUUGGGUUUCCCGGGGUAGUUUUGUGGUUGCCCCUGUAGUGUGGUCUGUAAUUGGUGACGUACCAUGUGAUAUUAUUUAGCGGUUCCCAGGGUAAGGCGAUCGUUGUCCUCAUACCACGUGACCUGCUCAGUAUUCUCCCCUCUGGUAACUGUCAGUAUGUUUCUGGAUACAGAAUGGUUCGAGAUAAUUUAGAACGUUCUCAGAAGGGAAUUUUCCCUGUCUCCGCUUCUAUGGCUGGAUCUGUGUAUAUGUUGUCUCUGCAUGCAUGGCUGCUGCCUCUGUGUGAUGUGUCUCUGCAGAGCGUUUGUGACCUCAGUUAUUUAUGGGAUUCGUUAGAACUGUGCUGGAAACAUGGCUUACUUGGAGAAUGUUUCCAUUGUGAAUAGCUUGGCUUGAACUUUGCAUUGCACUGGUGAAUUCAUGAUCUUUCAUCAUUUAUAUAUCAUCAGUGCAUACUGUAUGCUGUAUUUGACAUCUGUUCAAUAUUGUGUUCAAUUCUUGUCACCAAAGAUACCUGACAUUUGUAUAAUGAUGCUGUUCAAUGAUGAAUAGUGAAAUACAUGUUUAUCCAGAAAAAAAUUCCUAGAUUCUGCAAAUUGGCAAAAUUAGUUUGGCUUUUUAUUAAUUAUCUAGAUUUUUUAGGGGAGAGCAAAAAAAAAAAAACUGAUUACUGAGUGGGGACCCACCAAAGGCCAAGCAUUUUGAGCUAAAAUAUUAGUAAAGUGCUGCACACAAGUAUGUAAGGGGACUAGAGCACUAUAGUGGUGGUACGCAAUCUCCCCCAUAUCAAUCACAGGUACAGCUCCAUGGGCAUCAUUAUUACUAUUAUUAUUAUUGAUAUAACGCCAUCAAAUUCCGCAGCGCUUUACAAUGGGUGGACGAACAAACGUAGUUGUAACCAGACAAGUUGGACACACAGGAACAGAGGGGUUGAGGGCCCUGCUCAAUGAGCUUACAUGCUAGAGGGAGUGGGGUAAAAUUACACAAAAAGGUAAGGAUAGUAUUAGACUAGUGACAGUUGACUAUCUCCAAAAGCCUUGCUGUUCAUCAGUCCACAGUAAGACAAAUUGUCUAUAAAUGGAGAAAGUUCAGCACUGCUGCUACUCCCUAGGAGUGGCUGUCCUGUAAAGAUGACUGCAAGAGCAUAGCGCAGACUGCUCAAUGAGGUGAAGAAGAAUCCUAGAGUGUCAGCUAAAGACUUACAAAAGUCACUGGCAAAUGCUAACAUUCCUGUUAGCGAAUCUACAAUACGUAAAACACUAAACAAGCGGAGGAUGAGAAGCUGUCAAACAGUGUCAAAAGCCGCAGACGGGUCAAGGAGAAUUAGGAUAGAGUAGUGACCACAAGAUUUUGCAGCGAGUAGAUCAUUGGAUUGGAUUUUGGUCAGUGCCGUUUCCACAGAGUGCUUAGCGCGGAAACCAGACUGAAGCGGGUCUAGCAGAGAGUUGGACUCAAGGAAGUCUGUCAAUCUUGCAUACACAACUCUUUUAAAGGACCACUAUAGUGCCAGGAAAACAUACUCGUUUUCCUGGCACUAUAGUGCCCUGAGGGUGCCCCCACCCUCAGGGUCCCCCUCCCGCCUGGAUCUGGAAGGGGGAAAGGGGUAAUAACUUACCUUUUUCCAGCGCUGGGCGGAGAGCUCUCCUCCUCCUCUCCGCCUCCGUUACGCCCCGCCGGCUGAAUGCGCACGCGCGGCAAGAGCUGCGCGCGCAUUCAGCCGGUCUCAUAGGAAAGCAUUUACAAUGCUUUCUUAUGGACGCUGGCGUGCUCUCACUGUGAAAAUCACAGUGAGAAGCACGCAAGCGCCUCUAGUGGCUGUCAGUGAGACAGCCACUAGAGGAUUAGGGGGAAGGCUUAACCCAUUCAUAAUUAUAGCAGUUUCUCUGAAACUGCUAUAAUUAAGAAAAAAUGGGUUAAGCCUAGAAGGACCUGGCACCCAGACCACUUCAUUAAGCUGAAGUGGUCUGGGUGCCUAGAGUGGUCCUUUAAGGAUCUUGGAUGCAAAAGGCAGUAGUGAGAUAGGACGCUAGUUGGAUGGGGAGUUAGGGUCAAGUUUGGGCUUCUUUAGAAUUGAGGUUACAGUUGCAUGUUUGAAGGGCGAUGGAAAUAUACCAGAGGGGAGAGAGAGAGAUUGAGAAUUUUAGUGAGAGGUGGAGAAAGAGAAGAAGACAGAGUACGGAUGAGAUGCGAGGGACUUGGAUCUAGGGAGCAGGUGGUGGGGCGGGAGGACUGCAGCAUAAUGUAAUCAUAAUGUAGGAUAAGAUAAAUUUAUUGUAGCCAAAAGGAUAAAGAAAUAAGAUACAUGUCAGCCGUGAGGCCCUAAUCGUGUAUACAGAACUAUGGUGAAGCAAACACUUAAAUACCUAAGGAGACUAACAAAUCAAAAAGACCUCCAAAACCGCUAUCUCUACUUGAGUGGUGUCACACACCUGUGAAACAAUACUGACAUAGAAGCAUAGAAACAAAAAAAACAAACAAAGUAGAAAUAACAGGCCUAAUGGAAGCUAAAGGGCAAAGGAUGAGGACCAAGCACAAAUCAAAAAUAAAAAUGUUAUCACAAUGUGUGGACAGCAUCUGGGAUUGAGAAGACUGAGGAGAUGGUCAUAAUCAUUAUGAAUGAACAUCAAUAAAUAAACAAAAUGGUGCAAACUAAAACAGAAAAAUAGUGGUCUGGAAUUGGGUUGCCAAGCUUUUGUGAGCAGUCCGUUCUCAGUAUUCUUUUGCACCCUGUUUUUUUUUUGUUUGUUUUUAAUCAAGAGUUUUUAUCCACAAUAAAAAAGACUGGUGGAGAGCUAUUUUUGAGAUAUAUUGCCAACAAACUCCCACUUCCUUUUCACAUAUUUUUUUUUUAUGCUAAGACCUUCUUCUUUCAGUACCUCAUGUCUACCAGCCCCGUUAAACAUCCCACCCUCUAAAGCACAGCUACCUGAAGUGCUUUAGAGGUUUACAUAUUUUUCCCUCUUUUAUACUUUGCAAAAGUUUGAAUAUCAAAUUGUACCCUCAGAGUGGUCAGUGAAAGAGGGGUGCUCUUCCUGAUUGUUUUGUGCUCUAGGGAAGCAGGGAUUUCAAUGCUUCUGCGUGAGCUCAGUGCGGCGAUUGCCCCACAUGUGCCCUUUCCCCAGUGCUUCUCGAUGAGAAGUAUUCAAUUGGCAGGGAGAUCAUCUGUACUGAUGAUCUCCCAGUGGGUGGAGUAAAGCUGCAACGAAUGACCCUCUCGGAGCUGCAUUAGAGGCUAACUAUUUAACUGUUAAAGAUGGUGUAAAAUGGGUCAAGGAUAUUCACGAACAAUCCUUUCAGGGUUAUUAUAAUACUGGAGUGCUUUAAUUAGAGAAUAUUUUAGCCUUCUAGCCAAAGAAGCAUCUUUUGCAACUGCUCCAUAAUUGUGGACUGAGAAUCUGAAAAUCUUUUGGUUUUUCACAAUUACUACUAUGAGCUUUAAAGGAACACUCCACAAUGCAAAUGACUAAAAAAAAUUUUUUUUUUUUAAAUCACUGUUUAGUAGAAAUACCAUGCAUGUAUUCAUUGGUGGUAAACCUUAAAAGAUAUUGCAAAAGCUGCAGCUCUUAUGAUCUGCAGCCUCCUCCAAUUUGGGUGCUCCUGCCACAUCCUUUAUCUCAGUGGAGCAAACAGAAGCCGGAAGCAAACCACUCUCUGGCUGUGAUGUUUCAUUAUUUAAUUAUAAAAGUUUAGAUUUUUCAUACAAAUCUGCACUUUUAGUAAGUGCUUUUAAAUGGGAUACUCCUCACACAUAAAGCAAGUCAGCAAACUGAUUUAUGGCUGUGAAGUACUGUAGUCCUUUAGGGGAGAUAAAAUAAAAAAAAAUAAAAACAUCCACCAUGCUGUUUACUUCCAUCAUGUACAAAAACUAAAUUAGAGACAGACAGCUGUUUGUGAAGCCAUGUGUAGUGUUUGUCAUUUAGGAAUUUCUGUAGCAUAGUUGUCUGCCAUUACAAUGGCAUAUGAUGAAGAACGUACCCAUAACACAGGGCUUGACAAAUUUGGUUGAAAUCUAGGAGCUAGUGGGUUUUUUUUUUGUAUUUUUUUUUUUUUACAUAACUUUACUUUUUAAACAGCAAAAGUACAAUUCUUAAAGGGACACAGCUUAGUGGUUCUACUGUCUGUAGCCUAGGCUUUUUAAAUGUAAGCACUGCCUUUUCAGAGAAAAGGCAGUGUUUACAUUGCUGCCUAGUUACAUUUCUAGUAGCAGUCACUCAGACAGCCACUAAAGGGCUUCCUAUCUCAGUGCUGCAGUGUGCAGCUCCUACAUUCAGUGUCUUCACGAACUGCAUGCAGGCUCUGCACAUUCCACAUAGAAAUGUAAUGAUUCGAUGCAUCUCUUUGAGAAGAUGCGGUUUGGUGCAGUAUUUUGCCACACAUGCGUAAUAGGCUCCUAGUGGGGGCCAGCUGCGUCUCACAGAGUUGGAGAAAAAGUGAGUAAAAACACAAUUCCCAUGAGAUCGGGGGUGGGAGAGUCACCUAAACACACACACACACAAAAUGACAAACAAACACCCUGACAGACACACACAUUCUCUAACAAGUUGUUUUUUGUUUUGUUUAAGUUUAUAUCCACACUGCCUCCCACAUUAUAUGAUAGAUAUUGUGCUUAUAACUCCAUGUCUAUUUAUUAUUAUGAUAUUUAUAUAGCGCCAUCAAAUUCCGCAGCGCUUUACAAUGGGUGGAUGAACAGAUAUGCAGAUUUAAUACCAACAUACCCCCUUAUUUCCUAGUGCCUAGAUUUCGCCUGUGCACUAGUACAAAGUGUGUGGGGGUUACAUGUUCACUAUUUCCUGCCUGUAUUUAUGUAUUGAAGUGGAAUUUGAACAUUUUAAAUACAAAAUAAACAGUUUGAGAAUAUUUUGAUGAAUGUUCAUUAAACUUAUUUACUUUCUAAGCACAUAGGUAAAUGAAUUGCAAAACCUACCUCAACUAUAGUCAUAGUUUGUCCUUUGGGGAUGCUGUGAUCUCCCUCCUCUGUUCCACUGCACAGUUUAAUGAUGCCAGGGCUGAAAUGACGUCAUAUUUCUGCUCCCGGCAUCACUAUAAACUGUGAGAGGGAGCAAAGCAGACAGAUCACAGCUGCCUCUCUUGCAGUUAGACCUGCCUCCACUUUAUCCAUGCUGAACUACUUGUCUCAACUCUCCCCAUGCCGGCCCGCCUCCACUCUCCCCAUGCCAGCCUGCCCGCCUCCACUCACCCCAUGACGACCAUCUGCCUCAGAGGGGUCGAGCUGACAAAACCGAGGUACCAGGACACAAUUCUUAGUCACCAUGGCGACCUGGCACAUGGGAUUUGUCGAGCCCUGCGGCAUAACAUACUUUUUGCAUCUUACCCAAACAGACCACUUGAGUUGCAUAUCUUAAGGCUUCAUCACACAUUCUCGUCCAUCUUUGGAUUCUUCUGCAGUGGAUUUUGCUGGGAGUGUGACCAUAUCAGUGUUAUAGUACUUGUGAGAUAUGUAAAAAAACAUUAUUACACCAUUAAUCUCUAAUUUUCUUUCCUACUAGAACCUUUCCUCAGUAUGGCAGAUAGAAGCAAAUUACAUGCCCUGUUUGCUCUAGUCCCAGGGAAACAGCGAUUUGGUAUUUACCGAUUCCUUCCUUUUUUCUUUGUACUUGGCGGUGCCAUGGAAUGGUUCAUGAUUAAUGUUCGAAUUGGCAAGGAGACAUUUUGUAAGUAAAAUACAAAUAGCUAUUGUCUGUUUUGAAUACUGUAGAAAAUGCUUCAGAGGCUGAUCUAGCUCCUGUGUUCUCUGUUAAUGUGGGCACCAAAGAAAUUGCAUUUUGACUGAAAUUCUCAGAUGGGUGUGCCUCCAUAGACUUAGUGCACGGGGUGUUUGAUUUUUCUUUUGUUCACUGAAAUAAAUACUUUAUUGAAAGGACCACUAAAGUCACUCAGGCCACUUCAUCUCAAUGGAGUGGCCUGGGUGUAAUAUUCUUGUCCUUUUAAGUUUCUUAGAAACUGCAAUGUUUAUAUUGCAGAUUUAAAUCCAUCUCUAGUGGUUGUCAUUCUGCCAGCUAUUAUAGGCUCUUCUUUGGCACUGAUUGAGUUAAAAAAAAAAAAAAAAAGUCCUGCGCUCAAACUCCCAUUAUUCCUAGGCGGCAGCAACGACCAUAGUACACAUCAGCUCAAAUACAUACAGUAAAAUCCAAAGAAAAAAGUUACCUGCACUCUUUCCCAAAUCCCUAUGUAUAUUUAAACAAAUGGAGGUUUUUAGUUAUCUCCAAUGGCCUUGAGAGGAUAUGCCCACCUGCCACGUCAAGGCAGACCUCUUAGGUGGGUCCUAACUCUAACCAUUCACCUUGCUUCCUUGAGCUUCUGGCAAAAAUAUCUCUAAUGAGACAGAAAGGGGUAUUUUUUAUAUACAUCCCUACAUGCUUAUUAACCCUUGGACUUCUUUUUUUUGUAUUCACUUUUGUAUGACACAGCUAGGUUGCAAUGCUGCUGCCCAUCCCAUGUGUUCCCUAUUAAGGGUAUAUAAAAACACCCCUUAUUGUCUCAUUAGAGAUAUCUUUGCCAGAAGCUCAAGGAACUAAAAACCUCCAUUUGUUUAAAUAUACAUAGGGAUUUGGAAAAGAGCGCAGGUAACCUUUUUUUUUUUUUUUUCUGGUUUUUACUGAUUUGAGUAAAAGCAUUGGGCUGGACCAUUGCAGAGAAGGCCAUGCCUCCUCCAUAAUGUUGCAGAGAGCAGAGAAAUAAGCAGUGUCAAGGGAGUUUCUGUGCUGGAAAAAGUAAAAUCAUUUAUUUUAUAUUAAAGUGGGGGGACUUAUAUAGGUAAGGACAGGAACAGUAUAGUGUUAGGAAUACGGGUUUGUAUGCCUAACACUUUAGUAUUCCUUUAAUUCGAGGACCUGUCACACAUGACCUCUUUAAGAAGCUAAAUGUCUAUAUUGAAUUAGACCAUGAAGUGUAUAUUUUAGCCAUGAAAAGUCAAGCAAGACAUGGACCUGAAAAUCUGUGUAUCUUAUUAUCAUCAUCAAGUUGGAUACUUUAUUUUAAAGUAAAUCUCUUUCAUAUGAGCUGUUAGUUGUGGAAACAUCUAAAACCUGUGCCUCAUUUAUAUGUGUCAUAAUUCUCAUAAGAUAAAAAUGACAAAGCCUGUGCCAUAGUUGAUUGUCCAGUAUGACAGCCAGGGCCUUUCUGGAACAUAAAAUUUUGCAAUUAUUUGCGCUGUAUUCAAGCUUUGCCAUAGGAAAGUGAUCUGGGUGACUAUGGUAUCCCUUUAAGGGGUAAGUCUAAGGACUUUGCAUUACUGCAAAGUUUUACUGAAAGUGGCUUAAUGGGGCAUUUUUAGCAACAAAACAACUAAAUUUAGUCGCUUUAGUUUGUAGAUCAUGUCCGUGCAACCAGGGACACCAUCUAACACACCUCAAGGUCUGGGUUCUCGGAUGUCUGCCUCCAAGCCCACCCCCAAGUCCAGCCUCCAAAUCCACCCACAAGGAAGCCGUGUUUGUAGAGUGGAUACAGUGUGUAUUUGUGUAUUGGCUGCAAUGUGUGUUAGUGCAUGUGUAGUGGAUGCACUGGGUGUAUAUUGUGUGUGUGUGUGUAUAUAUAUAUAUCUAUCUCUCACACACACAACUUGUGUUUGAAUGUAAGCAUGUUUUUUUAUAUGGUCUAUGUGUUUGAAUGCAGGUGUGCAUUUGUGUGUAGUGUAUACACUUCCACACACACUGAUAUUCAAACACAUACACUGACACAUUUUGUCUGCUUUCACUUCACCGGCUGUCACUUCUUUCCAGCACUAGUUGCGGCUGACAUUUUGAAAAGGGACCAGGUCACGAUAUUAUAUGGCCGCAGCACUGACUGGGCCCCUGAAUAUAUUGGGCCCAUUGGCUAGGCCACCUGAUGGGCCCUAUCAGCGCGCGGACCCUGGUGCCUUAUCUCUUCAGACUGUGACACAGCUUCCCUACAAACCUCCUGAAAUAGAAGUCUUAGUUUUAAGCUUCCCUUAUUGCACAGAGUGUUAAAUGUUGUUACCACUUAACUGUUAACAGAGGAGGAGAUAACUUCUAAAUUAACGUGCAGUAAGAUUGUUUAAAAAUUAAACUUUGUUUUUUUGUUUUUUUUAAUGUUUCAUGAGUCACAGCCAAAGGUGGUGUGGCUAAGGCUCUGUAAACAAAGUGCAGCCCUAGGCACAGCUUUUUUAUUUAAAUAUUUAAAUUCUACUUUGCUUUAAAGUCUUGCUUUUUUUUUUCAUCAGAUGAUGUUUACAGAAGAAAACAAUCAGAGCGACAGCAUGAGUGGAAAGUAGCAGAGAAUUUGAUCGAAGAGACUCCAAAAUAA